GCGAGUGGAUGUCAGGAUGAAACUGAGCGUGAGCGCGUAUCGGGCGCAUGCAUCCGCACACAAGAAGAUCCUCUCCAGCGGCUAUCACUCGCAGCUCAACUACGGCAGCACUGGAGCGGCAGCGGCAUCCUCCUCGUCGUCGGGGGCCACUGCAACGGGCCUAUAUACGAUGGAAACGCACGACCACGAGCACGGAGCGGGCAAAUUCGUCAAGGAUGUGGCCCGCCAGGUGCACGACUGCAACAGCGACACCGAUGUCAUCAGUCCCACGGGCACUAGUAGCUCCGGCGGCGGCGGUGGAGGUGCCAGCGGUGGAGCCAGCGGCGGCGGGCCUGGGACAAGCGAUGGCGGCCACCACAAGCGGCAUCAUAAGAGCAGUGCGUCGGCAAUGGCCCGGGACGACGACAACAACAGUGCGGCCCACUCCUCGGACAGCAAAAGUCCCAGUCAGCGGAAAUCGCGUAUCGGAGAUGGAGCUUCAGAUCCAGAUUCCGAUUGGACGCGAUCGAACCAACGCUGGAUGAAGCUGCGCACCACGGUGCAAAUCUCAUCGGCGAUACAGAAGAAACCACCGCUCAAGCGCGAAGACUCCUUCCUGAAGCGUUUCUCGACUAGACAGAUACCCGAAACACAGGAAACUGUUGAAGACACGGGUUCAGAAAGUGCCUCCGGUGACGUCGACAAGAGUGUUAAGCGACGGCGACGCUAUCUGCAGAAACGACGAUCCGUCGUUAAUCCAGAUGAGAAUUUUUACUUCUAUUGGUUAAUGAUGUUAACUGUAUGUGUUCUAUAUAACCUAUGGACCCUAAUUGUGAGGCAGAGCUUUCCCGAGCUGCAGCAAGCUGUGCCCACGUUCUGGCUCAUCUGCGACUCGAUGACAGAUGUUGUAUUUAUCCUAGAUAUAAUAGUUCAAUUACGCACAGGCUAUCUGGAGCAGGGCCUUAUGGUAUACGACGACAGGAAGCUGGCCUGCCACUAUGUCCACUCGCGCGACUUCAUCUUCGAUAUGAUAGCGCUAAUACCAUUGGAUCUGCUGCAGCUCAAGAUGGGCACACAUCCGCUCUUGCGUUUUACGCGCUUUUUUAAAGUUUAUCGAUCUGUGAGAUUUUAUUACAUCGUAGAGAGUAGAACAGUUUGGCCAAAUUUAUGGCGCGUUGUUAACCUAAUUCAUAUCCUGUUAAUACUGGCACACUGGUUCGGUUGUUUCUAUUUUUUACUCUCCGAGGCGGAGGGUUUUCAGGGCGAUUGGGUGUAUCCAUAUCGACCCGGGGACUAUGCGACCCUGACGCGCAAAUAUUUGGGCAGCCUGUACUGGUCGACAUUGACCCUGACGACCAUCGGGGAUCUGCCCACGCCGGAGACGAAUGCGGAACCGAACUUUUCGGUGGACGGCCCACGAUCAAUACCUAGGCGAGGCAUCAAGUCGCGACUGCUUCAGUUUGGCUCUAGCUAUGGAUAUAUUUUUACGAUCGUUAGCUAUUUGAUUGGUGUUUUUAUCUUCGCGACCAUCGUCGGCCAGGUGGGCAAUGUGAUAACUAACCGUAAUGCGAAUCGCCUGGAGUUUGAGCGCCUGCUGGACGGGGCCAAGACGUACAUGCGCCAUCACAAGGUGCCCGGCGGCAUGAAGCGUCGCGUGCUGCGUUGGUACGACUAUAGUUGGUCCCGCGGCAGGAUACAGGGCGGCGGUGACAUCAACACGGCGCUGGGCCUGCUCCCUGAUAAACUGAAAACCGAACUGGCCUUACAUGUCAAUCUCAGUGUGCUGAAGAAGGUGACCAUAUUCCAGGAGUGCCAACCAGAGUUCCUCCACGACCUGGUCCUCAAAAUGAAGGCCUACAUCUUUACGCCGGGCGAUUCCAUUUGUCGAAAGGGUGAGGUGGCCCGCGAGAUGUUCAUCAUUGCGGAUGGCAUUUUGGAGGUGCUCAGUGAGACGGGCAAGGUUCUGACCACCAUGAAGGCGGGUGAUUUUUUUGGCGAGAUCGGCAUACUCAAUCUGGAUGGAUUGAACAAACGCACGGCGGAUGUUCGUUCCGUGGGCUACUCGGAGCUGUUUUCGCUCUCCCGCGAGGAUGUCCUGGCUGCCAUGAAGGACUAUCCCGAUGCCCAAGAGAUCCUGCAAACGCUGGGCCGCAAGCGCCUGAUGGAGGUUCGGUGUGUGAACAAAAAAUAUGCUAAGGCUCAGAGCGACAAGGAAGCGGCAGCCUUUGCAGCCGCCCAUCCGCAUCACCAUCAGAGCCACCAGAGCCAUCACCAGGGACAGGUGCAUCAGAGCGAUAGCAGCGAGAACAGUGCCUCCAAGAAGAUCGUGGACAAGCUGAAGCACGAUGUCAAGGGGUUCCGCAAUGUGCUCAAGAAGUCCAGGUGGGAGACCUCUAGAAAGAGCGACGAAUCCUUGGAAAUGCAGCCACUGCAUAAUACAUCGCCGCGCGGCAGCAAGAUCAUGCUGAAGCGCAUGUCCCGCGUCCGAUCCGACGAGAAGGAUGCGGACAGUGCCGAGGCCAAGGACGAGCUGCACGACAAGACCCCCAGCCCGAUUGGCGCCGGGCUGCCGCUGCUGCAGCGCCUGCGGCUGCUCAAGGAAAAGCAGGAUCGCGAAGAGCGAGCUGUUAAGUCCACACCACCACAGAAAUCUCCACCUCACUCACAUGUAACGUGUACGUUAUCGCCGCAGGAAUCGAUCCAGGAGGAGCCCGAACGCGAGUUCAGCGAAGGCUUUCCCCUGAUCCAGCGACUGCAGCAGUUGAAAAUUAAGAACGAGCCGCAGGCCAACGCCGCUGAACCCGGCGUCGUCAUGGUCAACACGCCGCCCAACAUCAGCAGCAAGAUCGAUUCGCACUUCGGAGGAGCCUCUGCCUCGGCCGUGGGAGUGCCUGGCGGAGCCAACGGCAGCUCCAGCUCGACCACGUCCGGAGGUGGACAAUCGCUGACGGUGGCCCAGAUCAAGCCCAUCAUGAAGGUGUCCUUCAAGCAGAAGAUCCAGCAGUUGCAGGGCGGCGGCGGCGGUGGAGGAAUGUCCAGCAGCUCGCCGGGUCCAAGUACUGGAGCCAUUGCCAAAAAGGAGCCGCCCAAGUCGCUCGCCUUGGCGGCCAAGCAUGAGGAUACGGUCACAACUGGAGCGGGUCUAGGCUUGGGUUUGGGUUUGGGAAUGGGCGGUCCUGGCAUAGCCACCAUAUCGAAGAGGGUGGUGAAACCGCCAGGCCAUCGGAUAGACAUGGCCAUGGGCACAACGCCAUCACUACAAUCGGACACCGACACCGACGGCACACCCAUCAAGCCCUGGUCCAAGCUGAAGCUGGCCACGCUCAUGUCCUCCAGCUACACCAGCCUGACCAACUGCUCGCCCACGGAUGACCCCGGGACGCCGCUGAAGAACUACUCGCUGAGCAACAUACCGCAGCAGAUGGAUCAGCAUCCGCGACCACCGCAGCGCCAUCAUAGCGCCAGGAGCAGUUCACGUUCGCCGCGGCAUCAUCACCACCAUGGCCAUACGCAUCAUCAUGGCCACAGCUCCUCCAGCACCACAUGCUCCUCGGUAGCCGGUGGCCAGCGGCGGGAGCCCAAUCAGCUGGGAAUGGGAAUGGGAACGGGAACGACAGCCAAUGGUGCCACCACCUCCGCCAGGCGGGAUUGCCUGCGCCUGCAGAAGCCCGAACAGCAUCUGCCCGACGGCGAACUGACCGAGCUGGGCGGCAAUGGCGGACGAAGGAAGCUCUACCAGAGCGUUUUUGAUCUGUCGCCAGAAUACUGCGGUCUGCCCUUUGUCAAGCGCCUGAAGAUUCUCAACGAGCGCCAGAAGCUGGCCGAGCUGGAGCGAGCCCUCCAGACGCGCAGCUUCAGCCUGGACUGCUCCAAGUCCGGCCCGGAUAGCCGGGUGCCGAUCACGGAGUCGCUGUAUCGCUGCUAUAGCGACACCUCCGGCAUCUACUCGCAGUUCCUCAGCACGUAUGAGUCCACCACAAGUUCCACCUCCACCUCGAUAUCCACGAAUACAUCAGCAUCGGCGUCGGCCUCGGCCUCAGCCUCGGCUUCUGCUUCCGCCUCGGACAGCAACUCCAGGCAGCUGCUGCAGUAUGUCCCACUGCCACUCAGUCCCGAGUCCAAUGAGACGCUGGAGCGGCGCAAGCUGAAGAGCAUACUCAAGAAGCUGCAGAAGGGCGCAGGCGCAGGCGCAGGCACAGGCAACGGAGGGCAGGAGGAGGAGCUCCAGCCAGGAGGAUCAGCAACGAACAACAACAACAAUGGCAGCAGCAGCUCAAAGGGGCCGGUACAGGGACAGGGCUUGGUACAGGGUCAAGGGCUGCCCGCGGAGCCCACCGUGGAAGGGUACGUGGCUAGGCACAGUAAGCUCUUGAAGAGUGUAACCUUCCAUUCCACUCUUUCCAGCCCGCCCGCCAGUGCCAAGGAGGAGUAUCCCUUCGGCGGCGGUGGGACUAAUAAUAGCGUUGUUAUUGUUGGUACCGAUGUACCGAGUGCCACUACACCUACACUUCCAACACCUAAUCCAAAUUCGCGCGCGGCCAACAGUGCGUAUACGUAUCCACUUCCGCUUCCGGUCAGCGGUCUUCCGUCUCCGAUUUCAGCCACAUUUCCGGUUACGGCUCCGGAAACGACAACAAGUGCCGCCGCCUGGUCGCCGACGUUGACGUUGGUAACGCCCACGAAUUCGCCGCAGGAGAGUUUCGCGUUCGAGCUGCUGCAUCCCAAUCCCGGCCAGCUGCAGCAGUUUCGUGAUCGCGAUGGCGGACUCGUUGCUGGCGUUGGCAGCGCCUCAGCGUCCGGCGCUACCGGUACCGGUACCGGUUCCUCGACAUCGGCAACCGCCUCAUACAUCGUGGAGUCCAAGUCGCAGAGCGAGUUCCAUGCACAGUCCACCACCACCACAGAUUUGAAUUUGAAUUUGCAGCUCAGGCAGAACACGACCAGUGCGCUGGGACUGGGCUUGGGACAGGGACAGGGACUGGGACUGGGACAGGGUCCAGGGCCGCAACACGAAGGCUUCCCGGAGGCACAGGACUACUUCAAUCAGAUACUCAGCGGCAUCAAUCACGUGAUCAAGACGCACAUGAACGAGAUGCACUCCAAAUUCGAGACGCAGUUCUCCAGCAUGGCCGGCGAAGUGCGGCGUCGCGAUGCCAUCAUUGCCCAGCUGCAACUCAAAUUGCGCUCCAUCGAGCAGAAAUCCUCGUCUUCAGCGCUUCAACCGGUGGCCACAUCCUCCGCCUUGGUCCUGCCGCUUAGCCGGCGCCAGAAGAAGAUGUCCCAGUUGUCGGUGGACGAUGAUGAGCCGGCCGAGGACGAGGAUAACAGCAGUUCUGGCUCCUCGGCGGAGCUACUGUUUAUGCGCGGCGACUCUCUGGACACGGUGUUCACCUCAUCGCCACCCAUUCAGGGCGGCAGGCGCAGCAUAUCGCCGGGUCCUGGCCGGGGUCCCAGCCGCCAUCAUGCCGCCUCGGCGAAUGCUUUAAAUUGUCCCAGCAGCUACUACGGUGGACCAGGAUCGCUGAGCUCACGGCAUGCCCAGAGCCAUCCUAGCUUCUACUCUGGCCAGGGCAAUGGACGCAGCAGCAGCCGUGGCGGCGGAGGCUAUCGCGAAUGGAGUGGAGGCGGAGCAGGAGGAGGUCUGGUCAGCGGUGGCAAUAGCGGCGUUAUGGUCUCGGAUGUCACUGGUAAUUUGACACGACUGGCGGAUAGCGUUAUUCUGGACAUUGGCGAGAGCUCCAGCUCCAGUUCUUCGUCCAGCAAGAUCAACAUGGCCGAGGAGGAGGACGAGGAGGAUGAGGAGGAGGCGGCGGAUAAUGCGGCAGAGCGACGCAGAAGAGUUGUGGUCGAGGAGGAGGAGGAGGACGACGAGGGGGAGGCGGCGGCGGCAGGUCAAAAUCGAGCGGGCCACAACGACUGGGAAGUGCAGAUGCUGGCCGCCGAGAUGGAGCGGCAGGAGCGAAAGCGCGGUCACUCGCUCAAUCCCGACAAUCUCGGCGAGCUGAGACACUGCAGCACGCUGCUGCGGCGUCGCCGCAAGUUCAGCGAUACGGAAACAGAGUUCAGUGAAACGGAUAUGGAUGAUCAGCUAAUGGCUCGAGCGGGCGGAGGAGCAGGAGCAGGAGCAGCGGGAGCAACCAGCUCUACGACUUCGGCAGGCCAUCAGAGCGGCAGCCAGCGGCCUAGGGCCUCCAGUUUGGAUCAGUUCAACCUGCGCUAUGGGAUCGGGCGCGGCAUCUUUAAAGCAAUGAGCAUCGAUCGUGACAAAGACAAGCUUUGAGAACUGUAAUCGCUAGAGAAGCCAACCCUCGCCCGGGAUUCUGGGAACCCCUGCAACAACCCAUAAGCAAUUCGGACAGUAUUACCAUGGUACAACAACUAUUACAGAACCUAAGAGAGAUGUGAGCACACGCAGAGCUAUAUUCUAUACAUGUAUGUUUAGCCCUAACGAAUCCCGAUAUACAGAAGCACCCGAAAGAGAUCGAGAUAUAUAUAUAUGGCAUAAAAACUGUAGAAUUAACGAAACAACUACUACUAAACAAACCGAGAAACAACACACAGAUAGCCAGAGGGAGUCCUUCGAUCCUUGAGACGGUUUCAAUUUUUCUUUCUCAUCAGAGUCCUUGCAAAUGUAAAUAGUCCUUUUUACAGACUUUCCAUCACAAAAGGACCAACGACACACGCAAAAGGAUGGUGAAAACGAGAGCGUGCACAGCGAUCCGCGAAGCACAAGUUCAUCCUAGUCAUCAUUGUAAUUGUUGAUUGAUGAUCAUCGGAUCGGCAGAGGUGAAGCUGGAGGAGCAAGCAGCUGGGAUGGCGGAGCUCAAGCGGAUGGCAGUAGUCGGAUAUUGGCUCCGGGCUAGUUGAAGCCCAGCAGGCGUAAAGUAUUGGAAUAUUUAUAAAUACAUUUUAAAUGUGUAAAUGUAAUUGAUGGAACAUACAAAUUUGAA